AUGGUGCUUGGGGCCGUACUGUCUAUGCUACGUUAUGUAGGGGGCAGUGAAGACAGAGAUUUUGUCGAUCGACUGCACUCCUAUUUCACAUGUAACAUCUUGAUUGGUCUCGCCGUUCUCGUCAGUUUUAAGCAGUUCGGAGGGAAACCGAUAGAAUGCUUAGUUCCCGAUAUAUUCAGCAGUUCCUGGGAACAGUAUGCUGAGAACUACUGCUGGGCACAAGACACCUAUUACGUGCCGAUGAGUGAAGCCGUCGCUGGUAUGCUUGACGAUGACCGCCGUAAACGGCAAAUAAGUUACUAUCAGUGGGUGCCAUUUUUUCUUCUUGCUGAAGCUGCCUGCUUUCGACUUCCCAGUAUUCUAUGGCAAUAUCUGGCUUGCCAUUCGGGUAUAAAAAUCCAUGAAGUCGUUAAGCUGUCGUCUGAUCCGAACAAUAUCAAACCUGACAUCAAACGAGCAAAUAUAAGAUCGCUCACGAUCCAUCUUCAGAAGCAAAUCCGUCCGCAUCAUAUUCUAUGGCUAUUUAAUCUACCAUAUUCAGCCUUUUUUGUCACAUGGUUGUAUUUGUGCACGAAAUUCUUCUAUCUGGCAAAUGUAUGCUUGCAGUUGCUACUCAUGAACAAGUUUCUGGAAACCGACAAGUACGCCUGGUAUGGAUUGGGAGCGAUGAUUGAUUUAUUAAAUGGGACUACGUGGGAACAGAGCGGAAUGUUUCCUCGAGUGUCGCUUUGCGAUUUUGAUGUUCGUGUGAUGGGAAACGUGCAAGAGCACACAGUACAAUGUGUGCUCAUUAUAAAUAUCUUCAAUGAGAAGAUAUUCAUUUUCUUGUGGUUUUGGUAA